AUGGCGACCUGCGAGCUCAAUCAGGAUUACGAUCUCCAGAAACCGAUUGCCUCAACCUCCGGGCUGCGACAAGGACUGACCUCCUACGGAGAUACGCACUUUUCGUUGUUUUUGCGCAAGGUCUUCAUCAAGGCACUUGGCUAUUCGGAAGAUGCUCUCUCUCGUCCAAUUAUCGGCAUUGUCAAUACGGCGUCCGGCUUCAACCCUUGCCAUGGGAACGCCGCGCAAUUGCUAGAUGCUACCAAACGAGGCAUUCAUCUGAAGGGCGGUAUAGCAAUCGACUUCCCGACCAUCAGCUUGCACGAGGGAUUCUCGCACCCAACGAGCAUGUUCCUGCGAAACCUCAUGAGUAUGGAUACGGAAGAGAUGAUUCGCGCACAGCCUGUGGAUGCUUGUAUUAUGAUCGGAGGUUGCGACAAGACUGUUCCCGCGCAAAUCAUGGGAGGAAUCUCUGCAAACAAACCCGUGCUUCCUCUUCUCACCGGCGCCAUGAUACCAGGCAGAACCAUUGACAUGGAGGAGAUCGCAGCCAUCAAUGAAGAGCUCGUCCCUACGAUCGGAACCUGCGGAGUGAUGGGCACUGCCAGUACAAUGGCUUGCAUCACGGCUGCUCUUGGCCUUAUUCCUGUACAGGGCGCGUCUGCACCUGCUGUGUCUGCGGCCAGAAUUCGCAUUGCUGAGCAGACGGGUGCAAAUGCUGUUGCUGCUGCUCAGAACCGGAGAACACCGCAGGUUAUCUUGUCUGUUAAAUCGUUCUACAAUGCGGCGACUGUUCUCCAGGCCAUUGGCGGCUCUACAAACGCCAUGGUACAUCCGAUGGCCAUUAUUAACCGUCAUCCGGGCAUCAAGGGCUCGAUCAAUCUGAACACGUUGGACGACAUCGGUCGUCGGACUCCGCUUCUCGUUGACUUGAAACCUAGCGGCGACAACUACAUGAACGACUUCCACAAUGCAGGCGGCAUGCUGUGUCUUUUACAUCGUCUACGGCCACUUCUCCAUCUCUCCGCGAAAACCAUCACGGGAGAGACUCUCGGCGAGUUCCUGGACCGCAAUUCCUUCCGUGACUUCGAGUACUCAUUGAGCGUCAUCCGAGCCUUGUCCGAUCCCUUGCAUGUGUCCUCGUCCCUCAUCGUUGUCGAAGGCAACAUCGCCCCUAACGGCGCCGUGAUCAAGGCUUCUGCCUCGAAAGACAGGCGACUCCUUCGCCAUACGGGUCCCGCGGUGGUUUUUGAGAACUCACGCGACUUGGCUUUGUGUUUCGAUGAUCCUGAUCUCGAUGUCACGGCAGAUUCGGUUCUCGUUCUCAAGGGCAUCGGGCCUAUCGGCAACCCUGGAAUGCCGGAGGCGGGCAUGAUACCUAUUCCGCGCAAACUGGCUGCUCGGGUAGUGACGGAUAUGCUACGCAUGUCGGACGGGCGUAUGUCUGGUACGGCAGGAGGGACGAUUGUUUUGCACAUUUCGCCCGACUCUGCGAUCCCGGAGUCGCCAUUUGGGGUCGUUCGAUCCGGCGACCUGAUUGUGUUCGAUGCCGAGAAGAGGAUUCUCCGGGUGGAUCUCAAAGAUGAAGAGCUCCAGGCCAGGAUCAAACAACGUCAACGGGAGAUUACUAGAAGAGGAUAUUGGGGCUUGUACGAACGGACUGUCAACCAGGCCCAUGAAGGAGCAGAUUUCGACUUUCUAACAGCGACAGGCUUAGCUUGA